AUGUGCAUAAACUGUCUCACACGGGGGAGAAGCCGUAUUCUUGUCCUGAGUGUGGGAAAUGGUCUCACACGGGAGAGAAGCCAUAUUCCUGUCCUGAGUGCAGGAAAUGUUUUUCACAGCAGUCUUGUCUGCGCAAACAUCAGAGAUCUCACACAGGGGAGAAGCCAUAUCCCUGUCCUGAGUGCGGGAAAUGUUUUUCACAGCACUCUAGUCUGCGUGAACAUCAGAGAUCUCACACAGGGGAGAAACCAUAUUCCUGUCCUGAGUGCAGGAAAUGUUUUUCAAAGAAGUCCUAUCUUUCCAUACAUCAGAGAUCUCACACGGGGGAAAAGCCGUUUUCCUGUUCUGAGUGUGGGAAAUGUUUUUCAAAGACGUCUCAUCUUUACACACAUCAGAGAUCUCACACGGGGGAGAAACCAUAUUCCUGUCCAGAGUGCGGGAAAUGUUUUUCAGAGCAGUCUAGUCUGCGCGAACAUCAGACAUCUCACACAGGGGAGAAGCCAUAUUCCUGUCCUGAGUGUGGGAAAUGUUUUUCAAAGAAGUCCAAUCUUUUCACACAUCAGAGAUCUCACAAGGUGGAGAAGCCAUAUUCCUGUCCAGAGUGCGGGAAAUUUUUUUCAGACAAGUCCAGUCUUCACAUACUUCAGAGAUCUCACACGGGGGAGAAGCCAUAUUCCUGUCCAGAGUGCUGGAAAUGUUUUUCAGACAAGUCUAGUCGUCACACACAUCAGAGAUCCAUUGAGAUGA